CCGUGAGCAGUGAACUUGUUCAUUUUAAACGGGGCAUGAACGGCAAAACGGAGAGAGUGCAACUUUAAGGAAAAUAAACAAGAGAUAUGGUGGACAAAACACACGGGGUUGACUUUUCCAAGAAACAUUUUGGGACGACAGCCAAUGGUUUCUGUGGUGAUCUAUUGGAUGCAGAGGAGCAAGAUGACCAGGCUGAGCAGCGCUCUUGUCUUAUUUGCGGAGACCGUGCCACAGGACUGCACUAUGGCAUUAUUUCCUGCGAGGGCUGCAAGGGCUUCUUCAAGCGCAGCAUCUGCAACAAGCGCGUCUACCGCUGCAGCCGCGACAAGAACUGCGAGAUGUCACGCAAACAGCGCAACCGCUGCCAGUACUGCAGGCUGCUCAAGUGCCUGCAGAUGGGAAUGAACCGCAAAGCAAUCAGAGAAGAUGGCAUGCCGGGAGGCAGGAACAAAAGCAUCGGUCCUGUACAGAUUUCCGAUGAGGAGAUUGAACGGAUUAUGUCAGGACAGGAGUUUAAGGAUGAUGCCAACAUGCCGGAACACACUUGGGGAAACAACGGCGACAGUGACCACAGUUCCCCUGGCAACGGCGUCUCUGAUGGGAAUCAGCCAUCUCCUGUAUCCACACUUUCAUCCAAUCGCUCAGUGGAGCUGAAUGGCUACACUGCUGCUUUGAGGGAACAGUACAUUGGCAACGCAAUGGCCCAGCACUACCAGUUCCUGCCUCACUUGUUUGGAUACGCUUCCCAGCCGCGGAGUCUGUACCCCCAGAGUCAUACUCUCAUCAGCCAGCUGGUGGCAGCAGAGGAACUGGCCCCACUGGGCACACCCAUGCUCAUUGAGGACGGGUAUCGGGUCACUCAGGUGGAGCUGUUUGCGCUAUUGUGUCGGCUGGCGGAUGAACUUCUCUUCAGACAGAUUUCCUGGAUCAAGAAGCUUCCUUUCUUCUGCGAGCUGUCCAUCGAGGACUACACGCGGCUCCUGAGCGCCACCUGGCAGGAGCUCAUCCUGCUGGCCUGUCUGACAGUCUACAGCGCCCAGGUGCUGGGCGAUCUCGCCAACGUCACCGACAAAUACACCCCGUCAGACGACGAGCUGCAGAGUUUCAGUGAGGAUGGGAUGGAGGUGAUGGAGAAGCUGAUCUAUCUGUUCCGUAAGUUCCAUCAGCUGAAGGUCAGCAAUGAGGAAUAUGCCUGCAUGAAGGCCAUCAACUUCCUCAACCAAGAUAUCCGCGGUCUGACCAAUGUGACCCAGCUGGAGCAGUUGAACAAACGUUAUUGGUACGUUUGUCAGGAUUACACUGAGUACAAGUACCCUCACCAGCCCAAACGCUUUCCCGAGAUCAUGAUGUGUCUGCCAGAAAUCCGCUGCAUUGCAGGGAAGUUGGUCAACAUCCCUUUGGAGCAGCUCCCUCUGCUGUUUAAGGCAGUAUUGCACUCCUGUAAAUCAAGUCUGAACAACUACAGGACAGGCUCCUCCCCCUGUGUGACAAAGGGUACCGCCCCUGCCAACUAGCCCCACCUCCCUUGAAAACACCCUCCCCAUCUAUUGCACGGGGGCAGGGUGUUAUUUGGGGG